CUUUUGAAAAACAACAUGACAACAUGGACGACGCUUCACUUCAAAAACUAAGUGUUUCUCCCGGCAAACUUAGUCCUAAAUUCAAGAAAGAUAUUCUUGAAUAUUCCGUUGUUGUUGGAAGUACUGUUAAAGAGCUGAAAGUCAGCCCGUUGACAAGCGAUAACAAUGCUUGUUACUCCAUUUCUGGUUCAAAUGGUGGUAAAACUGUACCAUUGCAAGAAGGAACAGUAACUAUCAUAACUGUUGAAGUUACUGCAGAAGAUGGUACUAUCAAAAGCUAUGUUAUCAAUGCCACACGUUUGUCCUCAAAUGAUGCCUCCCUUUCUGGGAUAACUUUAUCCGCAGGAACCCUAUCACCCCCAUUUAAUCCCAGUUGUACAGAGUAUACAUCAACAAUCCCCUACCAUCUCUCAAGUAUUCAAGUCAAGCCUGUAGCACCCGACAAUGGAAUUGGUGUUGUUGUUAGAGACAAUUCAGAUGGAAAGCCUUUGGAAUUGAAAUAUGGUGAAACAAGCAUAUACAUUGAUGUGACAUCACCGAAUCAAGCAACAUCGAAAAGCUAUCAUCUGUUGAUUCAAAGAACAAAAAUCCCUUGGCAUAUUUCCACAGUAGAUAUUAGUAAAAUUUAUCAAUAUAGCUGUCCGGUUUGUUUGGCAGUCCUGCAUUGCCCCAGGUCUAUUGCCAAAACAAACCCAAAACAUGUCUUCUGUAAAUCUUGUAUUGAUGAACUGACAAGAACUACCAAAAGGAAUCCUCUUGACAAGCGGUCGUUAACCGGAGAUUGGCUUGUUAACGAACCAAGCAUGGAGAUAGAGUUAGCAUUACUUGAAGUGCAUUGCGGCUUUUAUCGUUAUGGCUGUAGCAGCCAGCUGAAACUUUGUGAUCUGGGAUGUCAUAUGAAACAAUGUGAAUUUCGACUCUGCUUCAUUGAGAAAUCUGAGGAACUAACAGUCAACAAACUGUUGGAGGAGAAAUUGAAGAACUUGUGCAUUUCCUGUCCCGAGUGUAACAUGAAUGUGAGGUCUGCUGAGGUGGAAAAUCACAAAGUUAACAUGUGUUGUGCGAAGCUGGGUAAAGAGACCACUCUACCCAAAGUUCCCCUCAGGCAAUGGGAAAAAAGACUACAGCAGGAAACAAGCGAGAAGUCGGUAGACGCAAUGGUGAAGAACGGCGAGGAGCAAGAGGGAUUAUAUUUUCAAAGUUUACAGAUGUUUGGUCAAAGUCGACAUUGUGACAGCAGUUCUUCUCCAAUGAAGUAUCUGAAAACAGCCAGUGAAGUUUAUGCCACAGCGAUCAAACUCUCGCCCAAAGAUGCAAAACUUCAUUUUAAGCUCGGGCAAAUUCUCGAAGAAAUGCAUUUUGUUGAAGAUUGUUUUGGCUUCAAACAAGAGGAGGAAGCUGAAACACCUGCAAUUGAUUUUAACCAACAAUCGCGAGAUAGCAGCAAAGAAGACGAUAUUCAGGCAAUUUGCGAGCAGAGGGGGUUCGGGCGCAAUCCACCACUCGCUCUGCAACUCAAAGCCAUCGAUCAGGAGUAUCAUCAUUUGCUAGAGAGCCAGCAAUCUGACAGAUGUGAAUACGUGCAGAAGUUAUAUGCAUGGAAAUCAAAACAAGCUACCCAGGAUGGUAAAGUGGCUCAACUAGCAUCGGACGAGGAAGGAUCGUUUGGCAAAGCUUACCUGAAGUAUUCAGACGCUGUUUCGUUUGCUUCUGAUAACUAUCUUUAUCAUUUGCAUGUUGGAAGAUUUCUUUUGCUGCAAGGAAAACACGAAGAGGCUGUCAAAAGAUUGCGAAUUUCUGUCGGUUUGAAACCAGUGAACGCCGAGGCCAGAUUCUAUUUAGGACUUGCCUUACUACUUCAAGGCAGUGCCAGCAGAGAAUACGAAGCAGUGCAAUAUGUACACGAAGGCUUGGAGCAUUUUCUUUACAAGUUAACAGAGGAAGCAGAAUCUCCUUCAGAUGCCCUAUUAAACCAACUUCAAUCCAGUACACUCCUAAGCAUUACCAAUGUUCAAUGUCUAAAUGGCUUUCUAACACUCGGCAAAGUUUUAGCUCGUACUGCGACAAAGCUAUCUGGCCAUUUUAUGAAACCAGACGAGAUUUUCAAGCUGGUUGCAUCUCUUGCGAUCAGGACAUUGUGCUGGAUCGCGCAUAAAGGAGAACUAUAUCAUCAAAUUGAGAGAACACUUCUGGAAUCUCAUUCAUGUUUAUUACACUGGAUGGUUGAAAUGAAAAGCAAAAAUGAGGCGGGAAUACAAGACUCUGUUGUGAGAACACAUUGUGAUCAUUUGUGUUCCCUUCUUAAUGUUUUGUCUUUACCAAAGGAUAACUCGCUGUUACAAUUGCAAGAAAAGACCUGUCAGCAAGGCGUUAUUCUUCAGCCUCAGAGCAGCAGAGCACUCUACCUGUUGGGAGGUGCACAGCUCAGUCGUCAUGAUAAUGAAGACAACAACAACAACAACAACAGCACAGCCUUGGAAGACGCUGAGAAAAGUUUCCGUGCUAGUUUAGAGGUCGAAGGAAAACCCAAAGGUGGGAAACAGAUCCCAGGUUAUAUUCAGGAACAGGUAUGGUGGAAGGAGAGACAGUCUCCGAAGGUGAAAACGAAUGAAGCAGCUUCCACUUCGAGCAAGACAGCGAGCACUAUGAAAGGAAAUCAGAGAAUAUCUCCAACUAAAGGCAUAACAACUUCAAAAGGAAAAGCCACGACACCCACCAGAGGUCAAACAAAGCCAACUUCGAAACCAGCUCCAGCGAAGACAAGCGCACCUGCCAAAGCAACAAAUGCCAGAGCAGCUCGAACAAGUGUCUCAAAACAGUCAGCUCCGGCAGCUAGACCGAGUCCUGGGAAGGCACCUUGUCGUUCCUGCAGUCAUAGUAAAACAGAUAUUAGCCCUAAACAACCCCCACCUACAACUAACCCCACCCCACCCUCACCAUCUAUCCCCCAAGAACCCAUUGGUCCACCAAACCCCAAAUCGUACCAUCCACGCCUCGGGUUAGCUCGCGUGCUAUCCCGAUCAGGUUCGGAUCCCGACGCCGCCCGAAAAUUCUACGAAGAGUGUAUCACCAUGGCGCCCGAUCUUCAUGACGCGUACAUAGAAUUAGGAGAGAUCUUAGUUAAAUCGGAUCCCUUAGGAGCCGUUGAAGUUUAUUCGAAGUAUCCGUUCCCAGACCCCCUAACCUACGACGACGCGUAUCUUCAUGGCGAAAUUGCGCGACUUUUGAUUAAACAUGAAAAAUACGAGGAUCCAAAAUUAGGUCCCAGUAUGAUAGCGCUCGGGAAGGUUAUGGGCUUCUCCGUUUUAGAGAAAUACGUGGACAUACUUGAUAGUAAAUUAAAGUACAGCAAACUUUUGAUGCAAAUUUAUGCUCAAGUCAACGGAAAGAGCAUCGAUGAUCCUGAUUUGCAGCAGUUUUUUAAGUUUAAAUGUUGGAAUUGAGUUAACGUUAUUUCUGCUCGAUUGUGGACUGUUAAUAGAAAAGUAGUUGAAACGAUUUUGUAUUCUUCAAAACAUUAGAUUUUGACACGAGCUUUCAAGAAUGCUACUUGCUUGUUUACUAAAA